GCGAAAGUAUGCUGCUUUACGACCCCUAAUAAAGCUAACGAAGAAGAAAACGAACCAGCAACGUUGCAGUGGGUUGCUGGAACAAAUGCAGAUAUCUGGAAGGAAAGGCAUAAACAGAAAGACCGAUUAGCUGAUCAUGGCAACGCCUGUGUCUGUGCUCCGCCUGCCGAGAGGACCGGACCCAAACAGCCGCGGGUUUGACCCCAAAUCACCCCGCUACAUCGCUCUGUGCCGCACCUCUAUUCCCUCAGAGGCCAACGCUAAGCAGCUGCAGGAAGAGCAGCACGCUCGAUCAGUGCUGAGGGAGAAUUUCCUUCGAUGUCUCCUCUCCAUGACCAACAAGAAGGUUCAGUUCAACAUGCACGAGAAGGUGAAGGUGGAGGCCACGUUUGGAGCGUCUGAUAUUGACGUGUUGAACUUUCAGGUGUCGGAUCUGCACACUCCCAUCGGGGUGCAAAAAGAGGCACUGAUCAGGAGUCAGGACGUGAUGUCAUUGUCAUUUGAUCUAUAAACAUGAAUUUACACACUCUUUGACUUGGUCGUAUUGUGGGUGAGUGAUGUAGUUGUAUGUUGCUGCUUUGAGUCCAUUCAGUGUGAUUCAGCCAAUUAUACUGCUCUGAGUGACCUCUCUGUGAUCCAACAAGCAGUCCCCAGUUUUGUCCACUAGAGGGAGCCCUUCGACUGUUUGAAGAGAAAUGCCAUUGCUGGAUAUGAGAGCUUGAAGACGGAUUUGAGAGUCAAAUAUGAGAGCAUUUUUGCUCAUGUUUUUGUAAUGGAAAGUUAUUUUGCAGACCUGUCUUAAAAAAGGUUUUCCACAAAUUUAUUUUGUGAAGAAGAAGCAGUAAAUAUUUAUUUCCUUCAGUCAUCACAUCGGAUUAAGCUCAUAAAGGAUAAACAUGGAAUGGUUUUAUUGCUUAAAUGAUGUACUAAUCAAAACAAAAUAACAUUUUCCCUCAAUAUUUUUCUUUUAUAUCAUUCAUUAUUAUUAACUCAAAAUCUGUUCUUCAACAUUAAUUUCUGUACAUCAUUACUUUUUCCUUCUUACCUUUUAAAACAAGGUUGUCACUGUAUUUUUGUUUGGGUCGACAGGUUCUUGUUUUUGUAAUUUGUCAUGAAGUAAACUGCACUUCUUUUGAGUUUACUAUUUUUGUACUCAACUUUCUUUUGAGUUGUGAUAAAUAAAGUUAUGUUUUGCAAAUAA